CCGGUCCCCAUGUUCUCUGUGACGCCCAGCCUUGCCUCCAAUGCCAGUCCUGCUGCGGUGGCCGCUGCAUUUAACCCCUACAUGGGCCCGGUGUCGCCCGGCCUGAUGCCUUCUGAGAUCAUGUCCAGCUCCCCGGUCCUGGUGACCAGUAACCCCAACGUCUCCAUGUCUGCUGCUGCCGCUGCUGCUGCCGCACAGAAACUCAUGAGGACAGACAGACUGGAGGUGUGUCGGGAGUACCAGAGAGGUAACUGUACGCGGGGGGAGAAUGACUGUCGCUUCGCCCACCCCUCAGACAGCACCAUGAUAGACACCAACGACAACACAGUGACGGUGUGUAUGGACUACAUCAAGGGCCGCUGCUCCAGGGAGAAGUGUAAAUACUUCCACCCUCCAGCCCACCUGCAGGCCAAGAUAAAGGCUGGCCAACACCAGGUCAACCAGGCUGCCGCCGCAGCAGCCAUGGGGCUCCCACCUGUUUUACCUCCAUUACCAAAGAGACCCACACUUGAAAAAUCCACCGGUGCCACCGCCAUGUUCAACGUCGCUGGGUUCCAGUACCAACAGGCCCUGGCCAACACGCCGUUUCAGCAGCAGUUCAUCCCGUCAGGCUCAAUAUUGUGCAUGACACCUGCAACAACUGUUGUACCCAUGAUGCACGGUGCCACGCCCGCCACUGUGUCUGCAGCCACCUCCUCUGCCACAAGUGUUCCCUUUGCAACCGCAACAGCCAAUCAGAUUCCGUUAAUAUCUACAGAUCAUCUUACUAGGCACAAGUAUGUGACUCAGAUCUAG